UGCAAUAAUUGAAUCCUUCCCAAAACACAUUGCACCACCAUGUGCUCCUUUCUAUCCAAAUAUCUCAGAUCCAAAACUUCCACUCUGCCACUGCAGAUCCGCUGCCUCCAAGGAGGAGGGGGAGGAGUCGCGGGAUACUUCAACUCUCCGAUUUUACAUAAAAAUCUGAUGAUGCCCUUACGCCAAUUUUGUAAGCUUCCAAUCGGAGUAUCGAAAGAGGAACUAUUGAGAGAAGGGUUGCAGCCUGAGCUGAUGCCGAAACACGUAGCUAUUAUACCGGAUGGUAACCGGAGAUGGGCUAAGGAGAGGGGUUUGUCACCGGAAAAAGGUCAUGAAGCUGGAAAAAAAGUGCUCGGAGAUUUGUGUCGUUAUUGUUCAAAAUGGGGAGUCAAAGUUCUUUCUGCUUAUGCUUUUUCUACUGAGAAUUGGUCAAGGCCCAAGGGUGAAGUAACUUUCUUGAUGACGAGCUACUUUGAAAGGCUUUUUACGGAAUUCAUGAGGUAUGGGAUGAAAAUGUCCUUUAUUGGAGACAGGUCUAACCUUCCAAAUUCUUUGAAAGAAAUGUUAAGAUUAGCUGAGGAAACCACAAAGGACAACACAGGGCUUCAUUUUGUGGCAGCACUUAACUAUGGUGGAAGAUAUGACAUAACACAAGCAACUAAAAAGAUUGCUAGUAAAGUUAAAGAUGGAGUUAUUCAAUUAGAGGAUAUUAAUGACAAGUUAAUUGAUCAAGAAUUAGAGACUAAUAAGAUUUUGGAAUAUCCUAAUCCUGAUUUACUCAUCAGAACAAGUGGAGAGUUGAGAAUUAGUAACUACAUGUUGUGGCAAUUGGCUUAUAGUGAAUUCUACUUUGUGGAUAAAUUGUUUCCUCAAUUGGAUGAAGAUGAUUUUGUAGCAGCUUUACGUUCGUUUCAGCAAAGGCAAAGACGUUAUGGUGGGCACAAAAUUUAAUGGAAGGACCGCAGUAUAAUUAUUCUUUCGGGAUAUAUUGACCCCACUUAUGAAAUCUAUGUUAUUGUUGUUGACAACAAUAUAGUAUCAUAUGUGUGGGGGGUUUUGUUUUAAAUUUAAGGGGGAUUAGAAUUUAAUGUUUAUUAUUGAUGUUUUUAUAUAUCCUAAGGAACAGAAGUUGUCAGUAUUUGCUAGUUUCUUUAUGUUGUGAUGGAUUUUAAA